AUGAGACUCAUCAUCCCAGAAGAUGUAGAGAUCAGUGAAGUGGAAGACACACUGGAAACUAUCAAGUCUUUAGGACGGGAGACUGUGAAAGAGGAGAGUGUUCCUAUUGAAGUUGUCUCUAUUGAUGGUGGAGAGGCAUGGCCUGUUAUCAUCAUGGGAGAGGCACAGGCAGCUGCUGAAGAGUUUAAGAGUAAACUAAAAGGGUUGCUGCAGGCUGAAGGGAAAACAAUGGAGGACCUCAAAUCAUUGUUUCCCAGUGCAUCCCCGCCCACUAGCUCCACUGAAUCCAUCCUUCACACUGUCGGAGAUUUGUUGGACAAGACAACAAAACCAACUGAUGGUGGGAGUUAUGGUCAAUUACACAUGUUCUCAGGAGCCCUACCAACACCGCCAGGUGAAGAACCAUUUGACCAUUGGCUAGAGCAAGCAUGGCUUAUGGUGGAGGAGACUGAAUGCUCUGACAGGGAAAAGAGACGUAGACUUAUUGAAAGUUUAAAGGGGCCCACACUAGAAAUUGUGAAAGCAGUGCGGCACACCAAUCCUGACACCAGCCCAAACGAGUGCUUGGAAGCCCUUGAAAGUGCUUUUGGAAGUGCUGAGUCUGGUGAUGAUCUCUACUUUGCUUUUCGAUUGAUGCAACAGCAAAAAGGAGAGAAACUAUCAGAUUUCCUCAGACACCUAGAGUGGUCUCUAACUAAGGUGAUUCAACAAGGUGGCCUCCCUGCUAGCUACAUGGAUUGA